CCCGCGACAAGGAAUCAUGGUUACGAUAAGAGGAAUCGUCUUCAAAUUUACAGCAUGAAUUCGAAAUGGCCGAGAGACCUGGUACACCGAAAACCGAGAAAAAAGAGCCCAAGGUAGAAGAAGGGUCUAAGCAAGAUGACCACCAACACAACACUCUCAAAUACUCUCUCCUCGGGCCUUCGCUCACCAAAGCCGGCCAGGACUCUGUCGACCAAUCUAAGGUUUCGGAAAUCAUUUAUAACGCAUCCAAAGGAUCCAAGUUCUUCAACCGCGAAGAAGUCAAGGACAAAAUCUUAACGCAGAAGAUUGAACAGAUUCUGGAAAAGAAGCGUCGUCUGGAGAAGCUCGAUCUAACUCGCGAGCUCCGGGCUGCAGACCAACUCAUAACCCAGCUCGAGGUCUCCCGUGACCUGACUCAGUAUAUAGUCCACGUCGAUUGCGAUGCUUUCUAUGCUGCCGUCGAGCAGCUCGACCGUCCCGAGCUCAAGGAUGUCCCAUUCGCCGUCGGAGGCGGCGUGCUCACCACCUGCAAUUACCUCGCUCGAAAAUUCGGCUGUCGAAGCGGCAUGGCCGGCUUCGUCGCCAAGAAGCUCUGUCCUAACCUCCUUCUUCUCCCCCUCAACUUUGACAAGUACACCUCUAAAGCCCAGGAGGUUCGGCAAGUCUUGGCGCAAUACGAUCCGAGGUUCCAAAGCGCCAGCAUCGACGAGGCUUAUCUCAACAUCACUGAGUACUGCGUCGAACACGACAUGACGCCCGAGGAUACUGUCCAGCAAAUGCGGGAUGAGAUUCAUGAGAAGACGAGGAUCACGGUUUCUGCUGGAAUUGCCGCAAAUGCGAAACUAGCUAAAAUCUGUUCCAAUAUGAACAAGCCUAAUGGCCAGUACAUUCUGCCUAACGAUCGUAAUGCUAUAAUGAAUUUUAUGCGCGAUCUUCCGACAAGAAAGGUAAACGGAAUUGGGCGGGUUUUAGAACGGGAGUUGCAGGAGAUAGGAGUCAAAACAUGUGGCGAUGUCUAUCCCCAUCGUCAGCUUUUACGUCAGCUUUUCGGUGAAAAGACGUACGAAUUCCUGCUUAUGUGUUAUCUCGGAUUGGGCAGAACUGAAAUCCAGCCCGUAGAUGAGUUCGAACGGAAGAGCGUCGGAACCGAAAGCACGUUCCGAGAUCUUUCAGACCCAGUACAACUGAGAGAAAAACUGAAGCAGACAGCUGACGAGUUGGAAAAGGACAUGCGAAGGGCCGAGUGCAAGGGCCGGACUCUUGUCUUGAAAGUAAAAUUGCAUACGUACGAAGUUUUGACAAGGCAAGUUGUGACGCCGAGAGCUAUUUGCGCCGCGGACGACUUAUACAAUUAUUCAUUGCCUAUCUUGGCAAAGCUAGAGCAGGAGGUCCCGGGUAUGAAGCUACGCUUAAUGGGCCUCCGAUGCACGCAUCUAGUUAGCACCAAGAAGCCUGACGCUCGUACAUUUUUUGGAUUGAGACCUUUAAAAACAGGGUCUAACGGGGUGGCCGACGGAGGGAUAAACGAAUCUGCCCAAGAAGAUGAUAUUCCACAGGAACUACUAGACCAAUUACCUCACGAUGAUACCCACGAGCCCGGCUUAGAUCUUGCCGAGCAUCCCACAGCCGAGAAAGACGCCACCUACCGACACCACGGCAAAGAGAUCCUCCCCAACCCCAAACGCCCAGUCCCUGACCCUGAGCCCGAGGAAUACUGGGACUGUCCCAUCUGCAGCCGGCCGCAAGCCACCGACGAGCGCCUGUUCAACGAGCACAUCGACUUAUGUCUCUCGCGCCAGACCAUCCGCGACACAGUGCAGCGCGAAUUCAAACCUAGCCCGAGCCCUGCAGCUGAUGCCGCGCCACCCCCCAAGAGGCGGAAAGGCAGUGCUGAGAAGAAGCAGCGCAGCCGGACGACGAAUUCGGUUGAUCCGAGGCAGACGAAGCUUUUUUUUGGUGGGGGGUUAUGAGACAUGAUUAUAUUUUAUAAUGAUAGUUGUAUAUAACAAUGUAAAUAUUGGUUGCAUUAUUCCUUCACCC